CUCUCUGUAACCAACCAAAUAUAGUUGAGACUCUCAUCUACUCUCUCUCUAACCAUAGUAACCAACCAAAAUAUAGUUGAUAAAUUGAGAAGAUAAGUCGUUGCUCCUCUCUCUCUCUCGCCAUGGCUACUUCAUCCUCUUUCUCUCUCUCCCAAGCCCUCCUCUCUCGCUCUAGACUCCACCAUGGCUCACCCCAGAACUCCGCAGACCGUCUCGCUCUGUCUGGGUUCAACUUCAGCUCCAUCUCCGGCACCAAAACCCUCAAAUCCAUACUCCCAACACCCACUCACCGGCGGCGCGUAGGAUCACGCGCCACUGUGAGGUCUGCAGUUGAGACCAUUGAGAAAACAGACACUAUGUUGGUCGAGAAAUCAGUCAACACGAUCCGGUUCCUGGCGAUCGAUGCUGUGGAGAAAGCGAAUUCGGGUCACCCAGGUCUGCCCAUGGGCUGUGCUCCGAUGGGACACAUAUUGUACGAUGAGGUGAUGAGGUACAACCCGAAGAACCCGUACUGGUUCAACCGGGACCGGUUCGUGCUAUCGGCCGGGCACGGGUGCAUGCUUCAGUAUGCUCUGCUUCAUCUAGCUGGCUAUGACAGUGUUCUGGAAGAAGACUUGAAAUCUUUCCGUCAAUGGGGAAGCAGAACACCUGGUCACCCUGAGAACUUUGAAACCCCAGGAAUAGAGGUCACAACUGGCCCUCUUGGUCAAGGUAUUGCUAAUGCUGUUGGCUUAGCCCUGGCAGAGAAGCAUUUGGCUGCUCGAUACAACAAACCUGACAAUGAGAUUGUUGAUCACUACACGUAUGUGAUACUCGGGGAUGGUUGUCAAAUGGAGGGAAUUUCAAAUGAAGCUUGCUCCAUUGCUGGGCAUUGGGGACUUGGCAAGCUCAUUGCGUUCUAUGAUGACAACCACAUCUCCAUUGACGGUGACACGGAAAUUGCAUUUACUGAGACAGUUGACAAACGUUUUGAGGGGCUUGGGUGGCAUGUCAUUUGGGUGAAGAAUGGUAACACUGGAUAUGAUGAAAUUCGUGCUGCCAUUGAGGAAGCUAAGGCUGUCAAAGACAAACCUACUAUGAUUAAGGUGACAACUACGAUUGGUUAUGGGUCCCCUAACAAGGCAAACUCAUAUAGUGUUCAUGGAAGUGCAUUAGGUGCAAAGGAAGUGGAUGCCACAAGGAAGAACCUUGGGUGGCCAUACGAGCCAUUCCAUGUGCCGGAGGAUGUUAAGAAGCACUGGAGCCGCCAUGUUCCAGAUGGAGCUGCUCUUGAAGCUGAAUGGAAUGCCAAGUUUGCACUGUAUGAGAAAAAAUACAAGGAAGAAGCAGCAGAAUUAAAGUCCCUUAGUACUGGUGAAUUUCCUGCUGGUUGGGAAAAAGCACUUCCGACUUAUACUCCAGAAAGUCCUGCUGAUGCUACCAGGAAUCUGUCUCAGCAGUGUCUUAAUGCCCUUGCAAAAGUUCUUCCUGGGCUUCUUGGUGGUAGUGCAGACCUUGCUUCUUCCAACAUGACAUUGCUGAAAAUGUUUGGCGACUUUCAGAAGGCCACCCCUGAAGAACGUAAUGUCCGAUUUGGUGUUAGGGAGCACGGAAUGGGUGCCAUUUGUAAUGGGAUUGGUCUCCACAGCCCUGGUCUUAUCCCCUACUGUGCAACCUUCUUUGUUUUCACUGACUACAUGAGGGCAGCCAUGAGGAUUUCUGCAUUGUGUGAAGCUGGAGUUAUUUAUGUGAUGACACAUGAUUCAAUCGGGCUAGGAGAGGACGGGCCAACUCAUCAGCCUAUUGAGCAUUUGGCAAGCUUCCGUGCCAUGCCAAACAUCCUAAUGCUCCGACCAGCUGAUGGAAAUGAGACCGCAGGUGCAUAUAAGGUUGCAGUUCUCAACAGAAAGAGACCAUCAAUUCUUGCCCUCUCCCGUCAAAAGCUUCCUCAGCUUCCAGGAACAUCUAUUGAAGGAGUUGAGAAAGGAGGUUACAUUAUCUCGGACAAUUCUACAAGCAAUAAGCCAGAUGUUAUUUUAAUUGGGACCGGUUCAGAACUAGAAAUUGCUGCCAAAGCUGGUGAUGAGCUCAGGAAAGGUGGAAAGACUGUCCGUGUUGUGUCUUUUGUUUCUUGGGAGUUGUUUGAUGACCAGUCAGAUGAAUACAAGGAAAGUGUACUCCCAGCUGCUGUAUCAGCUAGGGUUAGUAUCGAGGCAGGAACAACAUUUGGGUGGGGAAAAAUUGUCGGAGAUAAGGGUAAGGCAAUUGGGAUUGACCGGUUUGGGGCUAGUGCACCAGCUGGAAAGAUAUACAAGGAGUUUGGAAUAACAGUGGAUGCUGUGAUAGAAGCAGCCAAGGCAGUAUGUUAGGCCUGUUUAGCAGUGCAUUUCUACAUCUUUAUCUAGACCAAAAAACAAUGGUUUAAGGUUUACUUUCAAAAAUUUCAAGAAUUCAAUGAAUGAGAGAGAAGUUGGGGCAUGACAAUUGGAAUUUGUCAGGGACCCCUUUGAUUAUGACGAGAAAAGAAAAUUCAUUGAACAAGAGCUCGUUCUUUUCCCUGGUUCAUUGUAUAUUCCUUAACGGAGUUCCUAAGUUUCUCCACUCUAAAUCAAGAUGAGGGUCACAGGGGAUGGAAAGAUGUGCAGGACUUGGUGCUCAAAGCUCUUGGUUUGUAAUGUUUUUCCCAAAGGCAGAUUCUUAAGAGGGUUUUGCUCUUUUUGAAUUCAUUUAUUUUUGGGUGUGCUACUAUUAUUGUGCUCACUAUUACAUGUUUUAUAUGCUUUUUCCUAUUGUCUUAA